AUGGGUCAUUUCACCUCUUCCACGGCCUAUACAAUAUCUCCCCGGACAGAGGUUCUCCAACUAUGGCAGAAGGUGAUCUCCGAGGACGCUAUCUCUUGCCCCUUUCUAGCCCACGGCAUACUCGCCUUUUCCGCUCUACAUCUAGCCAGUCUGCGGCCAUCACAGCGAGAAAAGUACGAGCAACGCUGCCGGCGUCAUCAGAAUGAAGCAAUUCCCGAAUAUCGACGUGUUAUCCAAGACAUCAGGCCUGGGAUCGCCGGUCCGGUGUUCGCUAUGGCCUCUUUAGUCGUUCUUCUCGGCCUGGCUACAAUUUCAGACAAUGCUCUUCCCAAGGAAGAUACGCUUUCCCGCCAUCGCCCGGACUUGACCGACGUCAAGGCUUUAUUUACUAUUGUAAGGGGCCUGGAGGCUGUUCUGAAGCAUGGAACAGCCGUGUGGGACACUAUCACCAACAGUUGCUACAGGGUCGCCAUGACUGGUCAUACGGCCAUAAGCGGGCAAGUUCUUGAGCUUCCCGUGGACGUCCAGCUACGAUACCAGCAGUUAAUGACGGAUUGUCUGGACAGUCUCCUAGCAAGAGAAAAGUCUGCUAAACUAGCAUGUUUAGACGCUAUCGAGUCGUUGCAGGGCAUUCAUAGUGAGCUUCUAUUUCUGGUUUCCGAAAAUGGCUCUGAGGAGGUUGAACUUGAACCAGCAUACGUGGUUAAAUGGCUCGCAUUGGUACCUUCUGAAUUUGUUACUUUGCUGCAGGAGGAAAACACCGCCGCUCUUAUCAUAUUAGGGGACUUUUUCGCCCUUUUUCAGUUGCUAGAAAAUAUGUGGUUCUUAAAAAAUGUUUCGACAAAUGCACUCAAUGCGAUACAAGAGGUCAUCAACCCGAGGGGGCUGGUCUGGCUGAAGGGUUCGGAAAAGCAGAGAAUGAAGUUAGCUCGCCAAAAUCUAGUUAUUUCUUGA